CUAUUUCUUUUGAUUCACGACUUGCCCCAUUUCCCCAAAGCCCUUCUCUCAAUCUAAACCCUUUUUCUCUUGAUUUUCUGUUUGAUUCCUGAGAAAUAAAACCGAUCUGCUUCAGUGCUUCAUAGUUUUUUGUCGGUUUUUUUUUUUUUUUUUUUGGUGUGAGAAAACCCUAAUUUUUUCUCGCCCAAUUCGAUUGACAACCAAAAACCCUAGUCAUUUAAUGGCUUCAAGAACUGCCACCAAAGACAUCAUCACUUUACGGGGUUCCGCCGCAAUCGUCAGCGAAUUUUUUGGUUAUGCUGCAAACAGUAUUCUAUACAAUCGCGGAGUUUAUCCGGAAGAAUCUUUUGGAAAAGUGAAGAAAUAUGGCCUUCCAAUGCUGCUUACUCAAGAUGAGGGUGUUAAAUCGUUCAUUGCUAACCUAACGGCUCAGCUUUCGGAAUGGCUAGAAGCUGGAAAGCUACAGAGGGUGGUUCUUGUAAUAAUGAGCAAGGCAACAAAUGAGGUGUUGGAGAGAUGGAACUUCAGCAUUGAAACCGAUGGUGAAGUCGUUGAGAAUGGGGUGUCAAGGGAGAAGAGUGACAAAGAGAUUAUGAGAGAGAUACAAGCAAUCAUGCGACAGAUUGCUUCCAGCAUCACUUAUUUGCCAUGCAUCGAUGAACCCUGUGUGUUUGAUGUGUUAGCAUACACUGACACGGAUGUUGCAGUUCCAUUCACCUGGAUUGAGAGUGACCCCAAACUGAUUGCCAAUCCACAGAUGGUCAAACUGCAUUCUUUUGAUACCAAGAUACACAAGGUUGACACUCUUGUUUCAUACAAGAACGAUGAAUGGGAUGAGGAUUAGAAGAAAUGAGGGGGCUCUUGUUGCUAUUCUUUUUCAGUUUCUAGAACUGUCUUGAGUGUGGAUUCUGUGAAUCAUUUAUUCACAUUUUGUAAGCUGAGUUGGAAAGAUGAUCUUGUUGAGACUCUCUGCUGUCUUUUGAGCGUGGUUUAACAAUGAAAUGAAAAGGAAUACAACAAUUUUAUUCUAGGAA